UCACUAGUAUCAAGACAUAACAACAAAUGUGCCAUGCUUUUUAAGUGUCUUAUCUAAAAGAACAGAACAACAAAUGUUACAACAUCAAAAAAGAAGAUUCCAGAUGCUUAAAUUGAGACCAGAACUGUUUUGGUCCCAUCACUGGGAUUGGGUCAAUGGGAGAUUAAAGGCAAAGGGAAGGAAUAAAAUUGAGACAAAGCAGCAAUAACAUCUCCUAGAAGAAGAUCCUAUAUAACAACCUCUUAUACUCAUCAAGAGUAGCAAUAGCCUUUGGUCUAAAGCUAAAAACACUCUCCAUCACCUAUAUCUCCUAUUCCAAAUUCCAAAUAGUUAUUCAGAAAAGGAAAGACAAGUGAUACUAAUAAAGACAUUUAGCUCCAAAGGAAAUGAAGGUUGCUUUCAUUCCGUAUUUAGUUAUCCUGUUAUGCGCUCUAGCAGUAACAAGCAGGUCGUCAGAAACUUCUCACACGUUGAAAAUCAGAGGUGUCCAUGUCUCGAAACAUCUUGCUAGUGCACUAGAAAGAAACAGUAAGAGUGUUGUUGCAGACAUAAGUAGUGACACUAAUAAGUUUGAGUUAGCAGCAACUAAGGAUGUUAUAUCAGAUGUUGAGAAAAAUCAGAGAGGAAAGGGGGCAAAUGGGGGUGGAAGUAUUGCUCGUCAGCCACGUACUCUUGAUAAAAAUUCAGCUGUAAUGCUAAAGCAGCCCUCUAUCUCCUUGUCUACUAUUUGUGUCAUGUCUAGCUUACCUCUACUCCUUGUUCUGCCCUUUGUCAUUCCCUAAGAUGUUCCGAAAAACA